AUGGAAUCUGCGGAGGAAAUGAUAGAAUCUACAGAAGAAGCAAUGGAAUCCGCGGAAGAAAUGACAGAAUCCACGGAAGAAGCAAUGGAGUCUGCGGAAGAAGAAUCUGGAUCUGUAGAAGGAGCAGGGGGAGGAUCUAUGGAAAUAUCAGGAUCAGCGGAAGAAGAAGGAGGAUCUAUGGAAGCAUCGCUGCCGGGACCUGCGGAAAUAGAAUCGAGGUCUGAGGCAAGAAUUGGAGUAUCUGCGGAAAGGGCAUCGAGAUCUGAGGUAAGAAUGCCAGGAUCUGCGGGAAGAAGGUCGAGAUCUACACGAAGUGUAUCGAUAUCUGCAAGAGUAUUGCCAUCGAUACCAUCAGAAUAUCUCUGUUCAAUUUGCAAUAAUAUAACAUUGAACUCAUCGAUGUAUCCUAUUGGACUUUUGUGUCGCGUAACUGUUAAUUAUGCUAUUGAACGUAGUUUAUCAGCUGAUUACUCAUUAUCACCUAAUGAUUACUCAUCAUUAAUGGAUAUGAAUGGUAAAGCAGGCAUUUGUGUAACUGAGAUGAUGAAGCAAAAAUUUGAAUUUGCCCUAUGGAGAUACCUAACUGUUGUUUCACCAAAAUAUGCAAAUUUAGUUUAUGUUCCUAGUGGUAUUGAUGUCAAAACAUGUGGACAUUAUGCGCACUUUAAAUGUUUUCGAAAUUAUAUUGGACCAUUAUAUCGUGAUCCCUAUUCACUGACCAUUCCACUGUUAUGGUCAGUGAAACUUCCAUGUCCAGCAUGUUAUGAAAUUGCUCAUUGCCUUUUACCUAUUAUUCCCAAACGUAGAUUUCAACGAAAACGAUUGCAUAUGCUUAAUGAUGAUACAAGUAAAGUAUUACUUACUACAACAAUCGAUAAUUUAAUAUGCUCUGGUGCUGAUCAAAUAAGUGAAGAGUGGACAGAUAAUUGGCGUGACAGACAUUGCGACGAUGGUAUGAGAAUUCAACCUUCUGUAAUUGGCAUUGUAAAAGGUAAAUGUGAGAGGAAUAUUUUAUCGUCAGAAUUAAACUUUUCACAAUUACCUAAUGCUGAACUACCUACGAAAUUCGUAAUUUAUGGCGGACGAUAUUAUAGUGAUGCGAUUGAUCUUGAAUUUGCAAAAUAUGAAUGGAAAGAGCUAACAUUUGGUUUUGAUCCUACAGCAUCGGAUGAAUCCAUUCAAUCUGAUUCUAAUUUUAUGGAAUCUCUUGAAUCAAAUCUAAUUACUGAAGCAAGCAGAACGGAGCAAGAAAACAUGAAUAUGCCAAUGGUAUUAUUCGAUUUGAAAACAACCUUAAUUCGUCUUAGCAUUUAUAUUAUCACAAGUGAUUGUUCAGUGAUUAACGAAAAGAGAGUUAUGCUUCGUUUCAUCUAUCAAAUGAUCUUAGCUGCAGUAAUGAUUCGUACAGCAAUUUUAUCAGUGAUACGUAUGCCAUUACCACAAGCAUUAUCAGUAUUAAAUUUAACAUCUAGCGAUAAUGUUGAAUUUGAUUAUGAAGAAGCAAUGAGAUAUGCUUGUACAGAUUUAUCACGUCUUACGGCACAAUUAUGGCAUGAAUGUGAUAUAUUAGUUUAUAAUAAUGGUUAUCAUAUUGGCCACGAAACAUUUAUGAAUAUUUACAAGCAGCUAACAGGUCAAAAUGAUUUUCAUUUUUCACCUCAAUUAAUACCAGAAGUUCGCAUUGAUAAAUGGACCAAAGAAGUAAUGCAAUGGAUUAAUGACGAAUAUUUUCAUAUGCGUUUAUGCAUGGAACCAUUAAUAUGGCGUCGAUUUACACUUAUAAAACCAUCACAAAAUUACUGUGAAAUAUUUUUACUAUCUUGCUUUCAACAAUGUCGUCUAUGCGCCAGAAAAUCAACACAUCAAUACUUGUGUCUUCUUUGUGGACGAUUGUUAAACCUUGAUCGAAUCUGCUAUGAUAUAUCAAAAUGUUUAUCUUUUCAUGCAAAUGAAUGUGGCAAUAGUGCGGCAUGCUUUUUGUCAAUUUCAAAUAGAUUAAUUUUAAUCGUUUUGGGUCAAUUAGGAGCAUUUUGGGGUCAUUUGUAUUUAGAUGCAAACGGGCAUGAAGUUGAUGAUUUAACAAGUUCUGUACCGCUGUAUCUAUCAGAAGAACAAUUCCGCAAAUUGAUCGAAGAUUGGAUACUUCAAUCAUUUCAAAUAGUAUUCAGAGAUCUUACAGAAUUGAUUGUUGAUUGA